AUGAAUAACGAUGAUUCAAGUGCCUUAUCAUGUUCUUUAAGUCUAGAAAGUGAUACUUGUAAUGAAGAUGAGUAUGAUACAAAUUUGAGCAAUUUAAUCGAAAAUAAAACACUAAAUUGGAUAUUUGUUGGAGGAAAAGGAGGAGUUGGAAAAACUACAACAUCUUGCUCAAUAGCAGUUCAAUUAGCAAAAAGAAGAGAGUCAGUUCUGUUACUAUCAACAGAUCCUGCACAUAAUACGAGUGAUGCAUUUAAUCAAAAAUUUACCAAUAAACCUACGUUAGUCAAAUCAUUCAAUAAUUUAUAUUGUAUGGAAAUAGAUACUACAUUUUCUGAAAAUACAGCAUUUAAAUUAAAUAAAAAAGAUAUUUUUGAAAAUAUUAUUCCAGAAUUAUUACAAAGCUUUCCAGGUAUCGAUGAAGCUUUAUGUUUUGCUGAAUUAAUGCAAUCAAUAAAAAAUAUGAAAUAUUCGGUUAUAGUUUUUGAUACAGCACCAACUGGGCAUACCCUAAGACUUUUAGCCUUUCCGGAUUUGCUAAAGAAAGCUUUAGGCUAUUUGAUUAAUAUAAGAGAAAAAUUGAAGGGAACUUUUAAUGUUUUAAAAAAUCUAACUAACAAUGAAAUGGAAUUAGAAAAUUUAUACGAAAAAAUUAAUCAUUUAAAUGCAAUGUCUAGUAGCAUUCAAUCAAAUUUCCAAAAUCCAUUGAAAACAACUUUUGUUUGCGUUUGUAUUCCUGAAUUUUUAAGUGUUUAUGAAACAGAAAGAUUAAUACAAGAACUCACAAAAAAAAACAUUUCUUGUUACAACAUAGUUGUCAAUCAGGUUGUUUUUCCAUUAGAAUCUCCUGAAAUCGAUGUAAAUGAAUGUGCAAAUUUAUUACAGAAAAUAAAUAAUAAAGAAAUUGAAAAAUGCUUUAAUAGUCUCAUUAUAAAAACCAGAGAAUUAGAAGAUGUUUACAUUUCAAGAAGAAAAUUACAAUCAAAAUAUCUUAUGCAAAUUAAAAAUUUAUAUGGAAAUGAUUUUAACAUUGUCUGUAUGCCUCAAUUAAAAAAUGAAAUCAGAGGAUUAGAUAAUAUAUCAUCAUUUUCUGAAAUGCUUUUAGAAUCAAAAGAUAUUCCAAUAUAUAACUAA